GACAUAAAAUAAAACUAUAAAAAAUAGAAAUCGUUCAAAAGACACGUAAGAGGGAUUCAGUCUCUUAAUCAAUUCGGGCCAACUGGAUCAUCGACGAAGGAAGGACUAGGUUGUCCCCGGUGAACCACUCUCGGGAACAACCUCUCCAACCUGUAACUACGAAUCUGACUCUUACCACUCACCUCCGCCUUGCUUCUUCUUCUUCUUCUUCUUCUUCCACGAAAUAGAGAAACUGUAGAUUUGAAGAGGGCAGAGAGGGAACGAUCUGGGAGGUGAAAUAGCCGCCGCCGUCGCCGCCAACUGCAAUUUACCCACCUGAAGCCGACCUACAUCCCUCUCUUCUUCUUUGUCUCAAUUUUCUUUUUUACCCUUUCCAAUUUUUGUUUUAAGCGCACAAAAUAGAGCAAUAGUGUUUUCCCCCCUUUUAAAUUUCUUUUUUCAUGUUGUUAAGUGGACGUUAAACUCCGUCACGUUGCGCCAGCAUUGGAGUUGCCUCAUUUUGUGUUUAAAAAUCGCCCCUUUCUCAUCUCUUCUUCGUAAUCUCCGAAGAUUGGAAAACAGAAAAAAGCCUGUGGCUUCUCGUUCCCAUUUUGUUUUCUCAAAUCAAUUCAUUGUUACACUUUGCCCAGUGAUAAUCGUCCCAUUGUCCCUUUCAUCUCCUCAUUAGCCUCUGUAUGCUUAAUUCACAUUCUCGUUCUUUCAUUGGUGUAAGCGAGAUAUCUUCUGGCAUUUGAUUCUCAAUCUCUGUAUAGACAGAUUCCUCCCUUCUCUCUACAUAUAUAGGUAGUAGUUCUAUUGAUGGCCAAUGCAUCUGGGUUUUUUUCUCCUUCAGCCCCGAGUUUCAGAGGGAGGAUUCAGCCCUCUGUGGGCGUUCGAUCUGGGUUUUGCUGCUAUGAGAGAAUCACCAAAAGGGUAUUUUGUUCCAGCGCCAUUGAAGGUGCAGCAAAGCAGGCUUCUGGAGUUUCCCUGUCAGAAUCUCGGGUACCUAGGCUCGUCGGUAAAGGUUGCAAACUAGUUGGAUGUGGUUCAGCAGUUCCAAACCUUCGAGUUUCCAAUGAUGAUCUUGCAAAAAUUGUUGAAACUUCUGAUGAAUGGAUAUCUGUUCGCACUGGGAUUCGUAAUAGAAGAGUUAUUUCUGGCAACGACAGCUUGACCUCUUUAUCUGUUGAGGCAGCAAAGAAAGCUCUUCAUAUGGCACAAGUUGAUCCUGAUGAUGUUGACCUAAUCUUAAUGUGUACAUCUACACCGGAGGAUCUUUUUGGUACUGCUCCUCAGAUCCAAAAGGCACUUGGCUGCAGAAGAAAUCCUUUGGCUUAUGACAUUACAGCUGCAUGUAGUGGGUUUUUGUUGGGUCUAGUCUCAGCUGCUUGUCACGUUAGGGGCGGUGGUUUCCAGAAUGUCCUAGUGAUUGGGGCUGAUGCUCUUUCUCGUUAUGUUGAUUGGUCGGAUAGAGGGACUUGUAUCCUUUUCGGGGAUGCUGCUGGUGCUGUUCUAGUGCAGGCUUGUGAUAGUGAGGAGGAUGGUUUAUUUGGUUUUGACUUGCAUAGUGAUGGUGGAGGUCAAAGGCACUUGAAUGCCACCAUUAUGGAGUAUGAAACAGAUCAUGCAUUGGGUUCUAAUGGUUCAGUGUUAGGCUUCACUCCAAAACGAUCCUCAUAUUCCUGCAUACAAAUGAAUGGUAAAGAGGUCUUCCGAUUUGCUGUCCGGUGUGUGCCUCAGUCGAUUGAGUCUGCUCUUGAAAAAUCUGGUCUCACUGGGUCUAGCAUUGAUUGGUUACUGCUCCAUCAGGCAAACCAGAGGAUCCUUGAUGCAGUUGCAACCCGUUUACAAGUCCCACCAGAACGGGUUAUAUCGAAUUUGGCAAACUAUGGUAACACGAGCGCCGCAUCCAUCCCACUGGCUUUGGAUGAAGCUGUUCGAAGUGGGAAAGUGCAGUCAGGCCAUACCAUUGCAGCUGCAGGCUUUGGAGCGGGUCUUACAUGGGCUUCUGCCAUUAUUAGAUGGGGAUGAAAACCAACAAUUUCUUCCAACAAUCAGCAGAGGAAAAUAGAUGAAAUCUAUUAUUAGCUGCUGUUUUCCAAAUUUUGUUCUCUCUUCCAUGUAUGCAUUGCGUGUUUGGCAAAGGAUCAAAAUUUAGGGAGAUGGCAAAUUACAGUCUCUGCCAGUGAUGGUACAAUUUGUUUGCAUGAGUCCUUUCUGUUCACUUGUUAGUCUGAAUUUAAAUCUUUAGAACCUCCCAAUAAUAAAUUUUUAUUAUUUUUUGUUCA